AUGGGCAAGUGGUGGUGGCCCGUGUUGCGGGUGCUGGUGCUGCAGGCGGCCUGGGCGCUGGUCGGCGGGCAGGUGCGGUACUCGGUGCCGGAGGAAGCCAAGGCCGGGACGGUGGUGGGGCGUCUGGCGCAGGACCUGGGCCUGGAGGCGGGCGAGGCGGAGGCGCGGCGGCUGCGGCUGGUGUCGCAGGGCCGGCGGGCGAGCGUGGAGGUGAGCGGGGCGAGCGGGGCGCUGGUGGUGAGCUCGCGGCUGGACCGGGAGGAGCUGUGCGGGAAGAGCGCGCCGUGCGCCCUGCGCCUGGAGGUGCUGGUGGAGCGGCCGCUGCGCGUGUUCCACGUGGAGCUGGAGAUCACCGACAUCAACGACAAUGCCCCGCUUUUCCCCGUAAAGGAAGAAACCUUUACCAUCGCGGAACUGUCGGUGCCGGGAUCUCGAUUCCCUCUGGAGGGCGCGUCGGAUGCAGAUAUUGGAGCUAAUGCACAGCUCUCCUAUACUCUCAGCUCCACCGAGCACUUCAGACUUGAUCAUCAGGUUAAUAACGACCAGAGCGCAUCUUUGGCUCUUGUUUUAACGAAACCGCUGGACCGCGAGACGCUGUCUUUGCAUCGGUUGGUACUGACGGCGAGUGACGGGGGCCGGCCGUCUCUGACAGGCACGAUGGAGCUGGUGAUCUCGGUGCUGGACGUGAACGACAACGCGCCCGAGUUCAACCAGUCGGUCUAUAAAGUGAAAGUCUUAGAGGGAUCAGAGCUCGGUGUUCUGUUAAUGACGCUCAGUGCCACGGAUCUAGACGACGGUAUCAAUAGUGAUAUUCUAUAUCUAUUUAGUAGGCGUGUACCUGCUGAAGUAAAAGAAAUGUUCACUAUCGAUGGAAAAAAAGGAGAAAUCAGACUUCAAGGAAAAUUAGACUACGAAGAAAAAGAUGUUUAUGAGAUCACGGUAGAAGCAACAGAUAGAGGCUCCCCUCCACUGUCGGGUCACUGCAAGGUGUUGGUGGAGGUGCUGGACGUGAACGACAACGCGCCGGAGGUGUGGGUGACGUCGCUGUCGGUGCCAGUGCCGGAGGACGCGUUGGUGGGGACGGUGGUGGCGCUGCUGAGCGUGUCGGACCGGGACUCGGGAGCGAACGGUCGUGUGCGCUGCGCGGUGUGGCCAGCGGCGCCGUUCGGGCUGGUGUCGACGUUCGCGGGGUCGUACUCGCUGGUGCUGCGGGAGGCGCUGGACCGGGAGCGGGUGUCGGAGUACGAGGUGGAGGUGCGGGCGGAGGACGGCGGGUCGCCGUCGCUGCGCGGCCGUCGCGGGGUGCGGGUGCCGGUGUCGGACGUGAACGACAACGCGCCGGCGUUCGCGCAGGCCGUGUACACGGUGCUGGCGCGGGAGAACAACGCGGCGGGCGCGGAGCUGGCGCGUCUGUGGGCGCGGGACCCGGACGAGGCGGACAACGGUCGCGUGCGGUACUCGGUGUGGGAGGGCAGCGUGGGCGGGGGCUCGUCGGCGGGCGCGGGGUGGCGUCCGGCGUCGAGCUACGUGUCGGUGGACGCGGAGAGCGGGCGUCUGUGGGCGCUGCAGCCGUUGGACUACGAGGAGGUGCAGGUGCUGCAGUUCGAGGUGCGGGCGGUGGACGCGGGGGAGCCGCCGCUGUGCGGCAACGCCACGGUGCAGCUGUUCGUGUUGGACGAGAACGACAACGCGCCGGCGCUGCUGCCGGCUGGAAGCGGCGGGCCGGGGCCCGGGUUGUCGGGCGAGGCGGCGUUGGGGCCGGGCUCUGGGGCGCUGUUGGCGUGGGCGGCGUGGGGGGCGCCGGCGGGGCAGGUGGUGGCGAAGAUCCGCGCGGUGGACGCGGACUCGGGCUACAACGCGUGGCUGCGCUACGAGCUGUGGGAGCCGCGGGGUAAGGGCCCGUUCCGCGUGGGGCUGUACAGCGGCGAGGUGAGCACGGCGCGGGCGCUGGAGGAGGCUGACGGCCCACGGCAGAGGCUGGUGAUCGUGGUGCGGGACCACGGGGAGCCGGCGCGCUCGGCCACAGCCACGCUGAGCGUGUCGCUGGUGGAGGGCACCGAGGCGGCGCUGGCGGCCGCGGGCUCAUCAUCGUCACCAGGGGCGCGGCUACGUCCGGCGGAGGGCGGUCCGGCAGCGACAGGAGCGGCGGCGACAACGAACGUGUGGCUGGUGGUGGCCAUCUGUGCGGUGUCGAGCCUGUUCCUGCUGGCGGUGGUGCUGUACGGGGCGUCGCGGUGGGCGCCGCGGGCGGGCGUGCUGUCGGGGCCCGGGCCGGCGACGCUGGUGUGCGCCAGCGAAGUGGGGAGCUGGUCGUACUCGCAGCGCCAGAGCCGGAGCCUGUGCGUGGCGGACGGCGCGGGCAAGAGCGACCUGAUGGUUUUCAGCCCCAACUUCCCGCCGCCGCCCGGCCCCGCGGCGAAGGAGACGCAGCCGGAGCCGCCCGCUCUCGUGGACACGGUCAGUGGUCCUCCCUGCCUCGCCUCUCGCCCCUUCCCUGGCGCCCCUUCUUGCUUCUCCCCCGUCUUCCUUACUAAUCUUUGUAUUCCCGUUUGGACAGGAAGUGUGACAGUUUCUGGCUUGUUUUGA